UCAUCAAACAGCUGUUGCUGUCACUUGUGAGCCGUUACUACACCAUUCAUCUUUUACCGCUGUCACUUGAACAUUUCACAACAAUCGGUAUUUUCCAAUCAGAGAGUAUUUUUUCUACCAAUUUAUAAAUUAAUUAGUUGAAAAUAUCAUAUUUCAUAAAUAUUUGCGAAAAAACGACUUACAAUACGGCGGCGGCGUGUAACAUCAUUGUGUGUGCAAAAGUUAAAUAACACCUUUACGACGGCAACUGGACAAUUUGCAUUUCCCCAAUAAUGGCCCAUCGUUUGCUGAGCUCAGCAAAGGCUAUGGAACGUUGCAUGCGACGUACCUAUAUGAGCCAACAUAAUGCCUCACCGGCAACAGAUAAGAUACAACGUGGAGCGGUGGCAUUAGAACAGGUGCCUUUGAUACGUUACUUAGUGGAACAAAUCAGAUAUUUCUGCAAGAAACCACCAAAGGGCUUUGAAAAGUAUUUUGAAGAAGGCAAGGCAGCCAAGCCGGCGGCCAGUGAGGCUGCUGCAGCUGCGGGAAAGUCGGCCAAAUCCGAAGAACCCGCCGCGGCACCAAAGGCAUCAUCUCAACCAAAGAGCAAUGAAUGGAAUUUCGGUAUGUUUAACAAUACCGCCAAACCUCAGUCUGGUGGAGGUGGUGGCAAAGGCGGCCAAGGCCGCCCGAUCGGAGAUGGUGGUGAUGGCAAUAAAGAGAAAAUGGUUCUAUUUGGUGCCUUGGCCGCCGUGGGUAUCAUUGCCACAUUGGCUUUCUUUGAAAUGGGCUACAAAGAAAUUUCGUGGAAGGAAUUUGUCACAAGCUAUCUUAACCGUGGUAUUGUGGAAAAGCUUGAAGUGGUCAACAAGAAAUGGGUACGUGUUCGCCUAUUGCCCGGCAAUGCUCAAGAUGCCAGCGGUGUUUUGUGGUUCAACAUUGGCAGUGUGGAUUCCUUUGAGCGUAACUUGGAGAAUGCCCAAGUUGAACAGGGUGUAGAGCCGGUUAAUUUUGUUCCUGUUAUUUAUCGUACCGAAGUUGAGGCUUCCAGUCUAACUGGGCUCUUGCCAACUUUGCUGAUUAUUGGUUUCCUAGUUUAUAUGAUGCGCCGCUCGGCCGACAUGAUGGGUGGCAAGGGACGUAAAGGUGGCGGUCUGUUUGGUGGUGUCAUGCAGUCCACUGCCAAAUUGAUUAAUUCCAAUGAAAUUGGUGUUAGGUUCAAGGAUGUUGCCGGUUGCGAAGAAGCCAAAAUCGAAAUCAUGGAAUUUGUCAACUUCCUUAAGAAUCCACAAAAGUACAUCGAUUUGGGUGCUAAAAUUCCCAAAGGCGCCAUGCUGACUGGACCACCCGGCACGGGUAAAACUAUGUUGGCCAAGGCUACUGCCGGUGAAGCCAAUGUGCCUUUCAUCACUGUCUCUGGCUCAGAGUUUUUGGAGAUGUUUGUGGGUGUUGGUCCAUCACGUGUCCGCGAUAUGUUUGCCAUGGCCCGUAAAAAUGCCCCCUGCAUUCUGUUCAUCGAUGAAAUUGAUGCCGUUGGUCGUAAACGUGGUGGCAAGUCCUUUGGUGGCCACUCUGAACAGGAGAACACAUUGAAUCAAUUGCUGGUUGAAAUGGAUGGUUUCAAUACCACCACCAACGUUGUAGUGCUGGCCGCUACAAAUCGUGUAGAUAUUCUGGAUAAAGCCCUUUUACGUCCCGGUCGUUUCGAUAGGCAAAUCUUUGUGCCAGCACCCGAUAUCAAGGGUAGGGCCAGUAUAUUCAAGGUGCAUUUGGGACCCCUCAAAACUGAUUUAGAUAAAACCGAAUUGGCUCGUAAAAUGGCCGCUUUGACACCAGGUUUUACUGGUGCCGAUAUUGCCAAUGUUUGUAAUGAGGCUGCCUUGAUUGCGGCCAGAGAUUCCAAUGAUUCCAUUGUGCAGAAACAUUUUGAACAAGCCAUUGAACGUGUCAUUGCUGGCAUGGAGAAGAAAACAAAUGUUUUGGCUCCUGAAGAGAAAAAUACUGUGGCCCAUCAUGAGGCCGGUCAUGCAGUAGCUGGUUGGUUCUUGGAACAUGCAGAUCCCCUGCUUAAGGUAUCCAUUAUACCCAGAGGCAAGGGUUUGGGUUAUGCCCAGUACUUACCCAAGGAUCAAUAUUUACUCUCCAAGGAGCAGUUAUUCGACCGCAUGUGUAUGACACUUGGAGGUCGUGUGGCAGAGGAGCUGUUCUUCAAACGCAUUACCACCGGAGCACAGGAUGAUUUGAAGAAAAUCACCGACAGUGCUUAUGCCCAAAUUGUACGAUUCGGUAUGAACGAAAAGGUCGGGCAAGUUAGUUUUGACGGCCAGCAGGGUGAGAUGAAUUUCUCCAAGCCCUAUUCCGAGGAGACAGCCCAAUUAAUUGAUCGUGAAGUAAGAUCUCUAAUUAAAGAGGCCCAUGACCGUACAACCGCCUUGCUAACCAAACACAAAGAAGAUGUACGAAAGGUGGCCGAGCGUUUGCUUAAGAAUGAGGUACUCAGCCGUGAUGAUAUGAUUGAACUUUUGGGCAAGCGACCAUUCAAAGAGAAGUCCACUUAUGAGGAAUUCGUUGAAGGCACUGGUUCCUUUGAAGAAGAUACCUCAUUGCCGAAGGGCUUGCAAGAUUGGAAUAAAGAACAGAACCCUCCCUCAUCGGAGACACCCUCGAAGCCAGCACCCACAGCUACAUAAAUAGGCUUAACAACUUUUCGAGCUAUAACCGCAUAGCUUAGCAACAUAAAUAAAUCAAUCAACAAAAACUUUGUUAUCGACGUGUUUUUUAUUUAGUUUUGGAUUUAAAUUUAUUGUUUUCAUUUCUUUUCUUUUUAGUUUACUCUAAGCAUUGUAUUAUUAGCUCCCUUUUGAAACACACAUUUUGUCUAAUGCAAAACAUAUUUAUAAUAUUUUAAAUGCGAUGUAUGUUAGAAAAUGUAUUUAAACUUAAGAAGUUUGUCUACCACCAAAUAAACAAGUAAAACAUCGACGAACUCGUAUUUAUCAUUUAAUCAACAGCGUAAAUGAUAAAUAUGUGGAUCGGUGUGAAGAGAAAAAAAUAAAGUUAAUAUGAAAUUA